UUGUCAUGAUUGUUUGAAAAAAGCAAAAUUGUUCAAACUUAAACUCAAGUCAAAACUUAAAAUUAUGACAAAUGCUCAAAGCAAAAUAAGAUGGUGCUUAGAACGUCCAGAUAUGAGAUGUUUUGGUUAAUAUAAUAAUAUUUAAAAUUAAAUUUCUGAUGGCUCGUCACCGGAACAUUAGGAAUAGAAGUUACUCGGACGAUUAUGACUACGAUGAUGUGUACGGACAUUCAGUCGAAGAAGAUUCCUGUUUAUCACCAAGUGAUGCAAGCCAAUGGCUGUAUGAUCGUUCAAAAAACCAGCAAGCUAUAUCACAAUUUUUGGAGUCUGAUGACAUCCAAGAAGAGACUGAAGAAGAGGUAGUCAACACACGACCUGGUUUAGAACGUCGUGAGUCUAUUGAUAUACGAUCCUUAAACUUGAAUGAAGAAAAUGAAGCAAAGCUUAUGUCGUGCCUAGAUGAGCUACGAAAUAUAUUAGGUGAUACUAUUCCAGAAAAUAACCUUGUACAAGCUAUACUUAAUCAUAAUUUUGAUUAUAACAAGGCUCUAGAUGAAAUUCUUAAUAACAACAGUAAAGAUGUUAAACCUGCACAAGAGAAUAGUAAAAAUACUAAACCCAAGUUGGUAAUUGACCAGGUUUCAGCAAUUCCACUUGUUGAUAAAGCACCAAUUAUCACAACAAGAAGUAAUAUUCCUAAAGUUAUUGCACCAAAAUUUGAAGGUAGUGAUGUAGAGAUUAUCAAAGGUUUUAAGCUCAAUCAAGCUAGUGCUGGUAAUAGCUGUUCAAGUACACCCCGUGAUCAGUCCCCAGCCACAGAAAGACCAUUUAAAAGUGAUUGUAAUAUCAUAGAGGAUAAGAUAAACAAAAUUAAAGAAAACAAAUUAGAUCCCGAAAGUCAGUAUUCAAAUGAGAGGGGAUCUGAAAAAGAACAUUUGUACAUUGUUGUUGUGGGACAUGUUGAUGCUGGCAAAUCUACUCUAAUGGGGCAUCUAUUAUGUAAACUUGGUGAGGUGAGUCAAAGAACAUUACAUAAGUAUGAACAAGAAAGUAAGAAGAUUGGUAAACAGAGUUUUAUGUAUGCCUGGGUUUUGGAUGAAACAGGAGAGGAGCGAGUUAGAGGUAUCACAAUGGAUGUUGGUAGAGCACAGUUUGAAACUAAGACAAAGAAAGUAAUAAUAUUAGAUGCACCAGGGCAUGCAGAUUUUAUCCCUAAUAUGAUAACCGGUGCUGGACAAGCAGAUGUAGCUCUGUUAGUGGUAGAUGCAACCAGAGGAGAGUUUGAGUCCGGGUUUGACUUUGGGGGACAAACUCGAGAACAUGCUUUACUUGUGAGAUCUCUGGGGGUUAGUCAGCUUGCAGUAGCCAUUAAUAAAUUAGAUACUACAAACUGGUCUGAGGAGAGAUUUAAUGAAAUUUCCAAAAAACUUAAGAUUUUUCUAAAACAAGCUGGAUAUAAAGAUUCUGAUGUUACUUUUGUACCAUGCUCUGGUCUAACUGGGGAGAAUCUUAUAAAAGCACCAGAAGAACCUAAAUUGUUGCAGUGGUAUAACGGACCAUGUUUACUUGAUGUGAUAGACAAAUUUAAUGUACCACAAAGACCAGUAUCUAAACCUCUACGUAUGUCUAUCAAUGAUGUAUUUAAGGCAACAGGCUCAGGCUUUUGUGUCGCUGGGAGAAUAGAGAAUGGUGUUAUUAAUAAAGGUGAUAAGGUUAUGGUGUGUCCAACAAAAGAAAUAGCUGAAGUACGAAGUAUUGCCAUCAAUGAUUUAUCAAAUAAUAUUGCUUUUGCUGGUGACCAAGUUGCUGUUACUUUAUCGGGUGUAGAUAUACAGAAUGUUGCUAUUGGUUAUAUAUUAAGUGAUCCGGUACAACAGAUACCCAUCAGUUCUCGGUUUGAAGCAAGACUUGUUGUUUUUAACGUAAAGGUGCCCAUAACAAAAGGGUUUCCUGUGCUAUUACAUCACCAAUCUUUAGUUGAGUAUGCUCACAUCAUUAAAUUAAAGGCGCUUCUAAAUAAAAGCACAGGGGAAUUAAUUAAAAAGAACCCACGGUGCUUAGGUAACAAUUCAGUUGCUGUAGUUAAUAUUGAAGUUAGCCGCCCAAUUUGCAUUGAACGUUACAAGGAUGUAAAAGAACUUGGUCGAGUAAUGUUGCGUGUAUCUGGAGUAACAAUAGCUGCAGGACUGAUCACAGAUAUUUAUUAUACAUAAUUACUUUCACACUAACUAAUAAGACGCUAGCUUAGCAGUCCUUUACCUUCACGAUAAAGCCAAUUAAGACUUAGACGUUUUGAGACAAAAAAUUGUGUACAUUUUUGUUAAAUAUAGAGAAUCAUGAUGAUAAUAAUAAAUUGAACAUGUUAAAUAUUUUAUUAUGAUACUAAAUGUUAUUAAAAUAUUUAUUUUUAUUGUGAAAAUAUGAAUAUGAAGAUGUUAAUAAACAAAUAUGGCCAUA